AUGACAUUUGGGGGUUAUAAGAAGUUUCCUCAUAGAGAGGAUGGUUCUCCAUAUCGUGAUAAAUUUGAAAAUUUGAAGGAAAAUCCUUUUUAUAACUUAAAUACAAAAGAUGAUAAAGGUGGUCAUAAUGAAACCCUGACCACUAAGAAACAUGAGGACAUACAGUUGGAUGAAAUUAUUCAUAGAAUGGCUGAUUUAAAUGGAAAUGAAUCUAAAAUGGCGAAGGCUCUUAAGAGACAAUCAGAUUGGGUAUUGCAAAAAUUUGGACUAGAAAGAGAUGCCAUUCAAAGCCCUAAUUCAAUCAGACAAUACAAUAAUCAUGAUGAUGAUAGAAGAACUAAUAGUGGGGAAAUUACUGGUAACUGGAAUAAUAGAGAUAGGAUUAACAAUGUAAGCAACAAUGGAGGAAAUCAGGGUAAUAAUGGAAACUAUGGCAAAAAUGGUAAUGGGGACAACCAAAAUGGAAAUAACAACAAUGGUGGUGGUAACAAUGUACACAAUGGUAAUAAUGGAGGAUAUAGAAACUAUUAG